AUGGACAAUGGAUACAACUGUACAAGUGCCAGUCACGCAAGUGAACGCGCAGGUGGGCUGCGCUUUGCGCAAGAUGCCGAGAAGCAGAAAGGCACAGAUAAGGAGGACGAGCAGCUCGAGUCGAUCGAGAUUGUGCCCUGGCGCAUGCGUGAGCGCAUGAAGACGAUGGACGUGGCUUUAGUGCUGUGUCUGAACAUUGGCACUGACCCUCCAGACGUGGAGAAAGCGACACCGUGUGCGCGUAAAGAGUGCUGGGUGGAUCCGUUCUCCAUGCCAGCGAAGAAAGCUAUCGAGACAAUUGGUAAUACGCUGCAGUCCCAGUAUGAACGAUGGCAGCCGCGUGCACGAUAUAAGCAGAGUUUGGAUCCAACCGUGGAGAAGAUUCGAGAGUUGUGUGUGAACCGACGACGCUUGGCCAAGCACGAUCGCGUGUUGUUCCACUACAAUGGACACGGGGUGCCUCGACCGACACAGAAUGGAGAGAUAUGGGUAUUUAACAAGAGCUACACGCAAUACAUCCCGCUGUUGGUGUAUGAUUUGCAGUCUUGGGUGGGGACGCCAUCGAUUUACGUGUUUGAUUGCUCGGCGGCAGCAGUGCUGCUGGGUCACUUUACGUCACCGCCAAUAAACCCCGCUCAAUUGCAUGGAAGAAAUGGAAGCCCGCCGGCAAACGAAGCCAUUGUGCUCGCUGCUUGUUCUGCUGAUGAAAUACUGCCGAUGAAUCCAGAACUCUGCGCAGACGUGUUUACCGCCUGUUUGACAACGCCGAUAACGAUUGCUUUGCGAUGGUUCAUCUCACAGAACGAGCUUUCGAUGGCGCACCUGGAUGCUGGCUUUAUUGAACGUAUUCCUGGGAAGCUUACGGAUCGGAAGACCCCUCUGGGAGAAUUGAAUUGGAUAUUCACGGCCAUCACUGAUACGAUCGCAUGGAACAUGCUUCCUCCCGAAUUGUUCCAGAAGUUGUUCCGACAGGAUUUACUCCUGGCAUCGCUUUUUCGCAACUUUCUACUUGCCGAGCGGAUCAUGAAGUCUGAGGGGUGUACCCCAUGCUCACUUCCGGCGCUACCACCAACGAGUCACCAUUCGCUAUGGCGAUCAUGGGACUUGGCUGCUGAAGUCUGUUUAAGCCAACUGUACAAGUUGUCAAAUCCAUACCCAAAUGUCGACAUAAGCUUCCAGCCCUCCCAAUUCUUUGCGGAUCAACUCACGGCGUUCGAAGUUUGGCUACAAUUUGGGUCCGUUGAGAACCCGCCGCCCCAGCAAUUGCCGAUGGUCCUCCAGGUGCUCCUGAGCCAGGUCCAUCGUCUUCGUGCACUCGUGCUAUUGAAGAAGUUUCUGGAUUUGGGAUCUUGGGCAGUAAACUUAGCACUUUCAGUUGGCAUCUUUCCAUACGUACUCAAGUUGCUCCAAUCUCCAGCAAGUGAGCUUCGUCAGGUGCUAGUUUUUAUCUGGGCAAAGAUAUUGGCCCUCGAUUUCAGCUGCCAGGUCGAUCUUGUGAAAGAUGACGGCCAUUCUUACUUUAUAUCGCACCUCGCAGCUGGUCUCCACAACGGUGGAGGAAGCCACAUUGCGUAUAGUGCAGCCGGGAGCGCAAUGCCAGGUGAUCAAAAAGUAAUGGCCGCCUUUAUCAUUUCGGUGAUCUGCAACGGCUACCUGCCUGGCCAGAAGAGCUGCUUGCAACAGUACUUGCACAAGAUUUGUAUUAAUUUUCUUCAGGAUCCUGAGGAAGAAGUGCGCAAGUGGGUUUGUUUGUGUAUGGCCAAAUUGUGGGAAAACUUUGACGACGCGAAGCGAAUUGCAGUAGAAGAUCAAGUUCCGCGGAUACUUGAUACUAAGCUGAGCGAUGAUCGUCCAGAGGUGCGUGCCGCCGCGGCAUACGCGCUUGGCACUUUGGUAGGCUUCCAGUACGAUCCUAACGUAAGUGGAAAGCAUGUCGACUCGAGUCGUCUCGAUGAUUUUCUCCGGCAACGAGCACACGAUGACAUCAUCGUAGCUUUAGCGCUACUACGGGGUUGUCAGGAUGGAUCUCCGCUGGUGCGAAAGGAGAGUGUGCUGGCGUUAGCAAACGCUAUCCUGCAUAAGUAUCAUCAGCCACGUUUUGAGUCCGUCGCCAAGCAUUAUAAGAACCAGCCACCGCGGGAUCCAGCAUCCCGUUCACUAGGCUAUGAACACCUUGCAACUGAGUUGGCUUCCCAAAGUGAUACUGAUACAAUAAGUGUGAAGGAGGGUACUGGUAGCGACACGCCGGUGGGCAAGUACUUACGUGGUGAGAUUGGAGGGGAUGCCAAACACUAUGCUCAGAUUUGGUACGUACUAAAGGAGAUGCAAUCGAGGGAUCCAUUUCCACCUGUGGUGGACGCUGUAAAAGCAAUUGUUAGCUUCGUGAAUGCAAGCAUCUUAAAAGCUGAGCAAGACCAGGUACUUGAAAAUAGUCAAGGUGGGAGUGCAUUGGCUUCUCCCGUUCGAAGUAUGAAUACGGAAAGUUUUUCGGUUGUGCGUUCGGAAAAAAGUGCUGGCGGCGUUCCUCCAUUUCGACGAGAGGGCUCACUAGCGGAUUUAUGCUAUACCCAAUCUCGACAGAGUAAAGAGCAACUAUCAGGAGGUGCCACCGCCGAAAAUGGCAUCCCUCCAGCAAACCCUAAGCCAGACAACUUGACCAGAAAUACAGGUGCACCGACAAAAGGAUUGCGUUCAGCCAUAUCAGUAGGCGAUUUCCACCAAUACCGAGAAAAGUUCCAGCAAAGUUCCGGGAACAUGUUGGACGCUGAGGCUGAUCGUCCCACACCAACAAUGAGCACAGGUAGCGAGAGGGGCCAAAGACGGCAGCUAGAUUCAGGUCUUUCACAGACGACGGUUCGCUACGGAGCUUCGACCAGUGGACUUUCUAACAAAGACAAUACGGCUUACCCAGUGCCCACCCCUGUCGCACUGGAUCUGUAUGGCCGUAAUGAGGACUUUCCAUCUAGUCUGGUGUCAACGUUCUACGAGCGACACAAAGCCCACUUCAAUGAACCGAUUUUGGAACCUGUGCAUGAAGACGAGGAUCCGUUGAGUGAGAAGGGAGCUGAAAGGUGGGACCGUUGCCGCCGCUACAAUCGCAUCCGGGAAGCAGCAAAGAAGCUUGCACCAGGCUUUGCUUCGCUUCAGGGCUCGGCGAAAUCACCGGCGACCCAGACGACUGAUUUAGGGCUGCGUGAUGCUAGCCCACUACAUCCUUCUCUUUGCUCCCCGAGCGAAUUUGAUGCUAGGCGCCGCGUCUCAGCUCAGGGUGGUGAAGAAGAAGUAAAGGGAUUCACGUUGAGCCUCCGUCAGCGUGCUGUAUUGAAUAGCGACGCAGAAAUGACGUCGCUGCUCCUUUUCCACCCGUAUGAAACGAUGCUCCUAGCUGCUGACGAGAAAGACCAGAUCUCGCUGUACAACUUCGAGGAGACGGAGACGAAGGUGCUGAGUUUUGGCAACAACAACCCGCCAGGGUCUCGUCUGACAUCACUGAAUUGGAUCAAUGAAACGGAGGAGAGUCUUCUGACGUGCGGCUCUGACGACGGUGUGAUCAAGAUUUACCACGGGCUGCACCGUCCUCAUCCGUCGAUAAGGACUCCCCGAUUGCUGUCAGCCUUUGUCGCUGUGCCUGAUCUUGUGCCCGGAACGCGCGGAUCAGGCCUUGUGAUGAACUGGCAGCAAGAUGCUGGUAUGAUGUAUGCUGGUGGUAACUCCAGCGUCCUGCGGGGAUGGGAUUUGCGCCAAGAAAAAUGCACGGUGUCUCUUUCUACUCAAACAGAUUCUUGCAUCACGAGUAUGACAAGUGAUGAGAGUGUUCCAGGAAUGGUGGUGGCUGGCUUUGGUGAUGGCAUCCUUCGGGUUUUUGACUCGCGAAGCAAGCCUGAUUAUGCUGUCAAGGUGGUAAUGAAGGAGCACGCCUCUUGGGUGGUGCAAACGCAUAUAUACCCAGGUGGCAAUGAGCUUCUCACGGGGUCCGUCACAGGUGAGCUGAAGUUUUGGGACAUGCGGUAUCCGAAGAAUAGCGUCAGGUCUCUCGAAGCACAUCGAUCCCCGAUGACCGCCCUCGCUGUUCAUGACUACGCUCCAAUAUUUGCCAGUGGGUCACACAAUCAAUUCAUUAAGGUCUUCCGAAGCGAUGGCGAGCAGUUGGCACUCAUUCGCUAUCACGAAGGUUUCCUGGGCGAGCGAAUCGGCCCUGUUUCAUGCUUAGCCUUCCAUCCACAUCGGCUGAUUCUGGCUGCAGGUGCAACCGACUCGGUGGUUGCUGUAUACUCGAGUGAUAAGUAA